AUGGCGGCUAAAAAGGAAUGUCUGAUUUGGGCAUGGCGGAGAGAUGUGGAGUAUGAGCUUGUCGCAACGUACGUCGAGAUGUUGGAUGGACUGGAGGAAGUCUAUCAACGGCCGUGGGCGGAUGGGUGUUGGGUUGAAGGAGAAGUUGCUGGAACCAAUGCCAACAGCAUCUGGCUUGGAGCUGAGGUGAUUUUCUCAACAAAACGAUCUACGGACCUGCUUCCCGAUCUAUGGAUGGAUAACCCUGCAUACGCGCCAAUCGGCCAUGGACUCUGCGAGGAGCGCAAGGUUGGAGCCGGCUGCAUGAUUACAGAUGUGAGACAGAUGGUGGGGAGAAAAGAACCUGUCACAGCAUAUACACCCUCGGUGGGAUGA